CUGUCCUGUGAGUACUACGCGGUAACUGGAUUUUUUGGCGUGCCAUUCUGAUCGAGCUUUUCAGCUGAAAUAACGUGGAAAACAGUGUUUGAAUAAACACUUGAAACGAAAUUUGACUAUUGUCAAAUUUUCUCUGAUCCAAGAAAUCUUGGAUCGAUUAAAUUGGUACUGGCCCAAGCGUCUUUGACGCUUACUGGUAAUUUUUCCGGUUGUUCCCAGUUUUAAUCCCGUUUUACACCCUGUUUUUGCCUUUUUAUUGCGGUCGUUUUCCUAUUGUAUACGUGUUGUUAUUCUAAUCUGUUUUCCACAUGAACAUGGCUGUCUCGCUAAACACCGAGACGGAUGGACCUAUGGGGUCCUCGUUUGAUGAGUCUACUGCAGCUUGCGGACAGGUUAACUGUUCAGAGCCAGUAACAGAUGCAUCUGGUGGUAUGCAGUGUGACGUCUGCUGCCGCUGGUAUCACGAAAGCUGUACCGGCCUACAAGCUGACCAGUACCAAAUGCUAUCAUCAAGCGUCCACUUUCUUUUCAGCUGCGCUGAAUGCUGCGCUAAAAGAUCGACGCGCCCGGCUGUCACCGGUGCUAAACUUUCAGCGUUGGCUUCAAGGUUGGCAGAUGUUGAGUUGGCGAUAGCUAAACUCGCCUCUAUUGCGUCGCUCGAUACGAAAAUGGAUUUAAUUUUAAAAUCCCUAAAUAUUUCGUUUGAAGACACAGCAAUAGCCGGCAACAUUGCUGACGAUCCAUCCACUGGAGUCUCUCACUCGAUCAUAAAGUCGCACAUCCUACCGGCCAAUCCAGGUAGCAUUGCUGGCGGUCCUCAUGAUCCGAUCAAAGUGAAGAAAAAUAGGGUGCGGAAAUACCUAAAGCCCUCUGCUAAACCCAGAGAAAUAGUUGCCACGGCAUCGAAACGAGAUGCCGUCUUUGACAGUCGUAAAGUCGUCUGAAGAUUGCACACAGAACUUUCCACAGACGCUGACUGUCUCGGCCGCCAGUGAACCAGCCUGUUCUGACGAAAUGCUGGUAACUGCCCAAUGCGAUACAAAGUCAACAGCCCCUGCUCCAGUGAGCCAAAAGAAGAAGCGGACAAGAUCUGCUCGUAAAACUUCGAAGGGGCUUGAAGACCCUGGAACCAGUAAGACGCCGGCAAUAGAGCGGAAAACCUACGCUACCGUUGCUUCGGCGUCGUUUGGGAAGCCAGCGACAGUCCCACCGCCAGUGGUGAAAACAGCUGGUAUAGGUGUCGAAUCAAAGGCACGUGGGGUAAACACUCCCCGUCGUGCCGACUCUUUCACGGAUAGUAGCGUUAUAUUCCGUAACGUUACUGAAUCUGAGGCUGUUCUCCCAAGGGAACGCAUCUUGGAUGACAUCAAGUGGCUGAAACUGUGUGUCAGCAAGCUGCUUCCACCUGGUUUCCCUGGUGUCACUGUCAGAAAGCUGACCAGAUUGGGGAACGUUCCUAUCGCUACGCCAAAUCCACGACCCCGACUACUUCGCGUAGUCCUUUCUACCCCGGAGGAACGCAAAUCGUUACUGCGAUUUGCAUUCAAACUUAAGGGUAGUGGUGUCAGCGUUCAGCCGGACCUCCCACUGGCAGAUAGGUUGAAGUUAAAGGAGGCUAUCAAAGACCUCAAAACUAGACGGGCGGCUGGUGAACAAGGCCUCCGUCUGGUGGGUUUUCAGGUGGUCAGCCGGAAAUUACUUUCCGCCCUAUCAGAACCAAUCCUGAUGGCGCACGACCCAGGGAUGGUCGUGCCGACUUCCUUGAGGUAGUACUUAGCAACGUGCGUAGCCUAAGGAACAAGGUGCACGAGUUGGGUCUACUUGUAGACAAAUCUCGUCCCGACAUACUUGCUUUCACUGAGACGUGGUUGUCUCCGGAUAUCACGGACGGUGAGGUAUAUUUACCUGGCUACGCGCUGCUUAGAACUGAUCGCUCCGUUGGUCGCCAAGGCGGAGGCGUUGUACUGUAUGUGAGCUGUAACUUAGAUGUGUUGAGGACUUGCACAUUCCAGUCGUCGGAUCAGACUGUUGAAGCCCUAUCGGCUGUUUUGUGCACUUCCUCUACCCAGUUUACAGUUAUAGUGGUAUACAGAAGUCCUGGAAGUUCCUCCAGGGGGAUACUUGACUUUAUUCGCACUCAGUCUGCGAAUAAGUGUUUAGUUCUAGGGGAUUUCAACCUCCCGGAAGUCUGUUGGGCCGAUCUUUCUUGCAAUUCGGCAUUAGGAACAUUCGGUGCAGACUUCCUUGAACUGACUCUCCAAGUGCCUUUGCACCAGUUCGUUGACUUUCCCACUAGGUAUAUGGAUAACCAAAUGCCAUCUACUUUGGAUUUGGUUUUCGCUAAGUCCCUGGACUUCGUGACUGACGUUUCAUGCGGUGCACCUCUAGGGUCCAGCGAUCACGCAUGCAUAUCCUUUCGAUGUGCUCUUUCAAGGCACCAAGAGACCGCUGUUGAAUUACUUCCGAAUAUUUGGCGGGCGGACUUUAGUGCAAUGCGAACUAAGGCUUCAGUUCUGAACUGUGAGAUUUCGAUGGCUGACUCUGUCCAGUUAGCCUGGGAUAAAUUUAAGGCAUACCUUACGGAGGUUUCCGCACCCUAUAUUCCACUCAUUAGGAAAAGAGGGUUAAGGGCACAGCCUCCAUGGAUAGAUACCACAGGCAAGUACUUACUCAAGAAACGGUCUAGAUGCUGGCGAACCUACCAAGCAGCUCCAUCAGCCAGUACCUAUGAUAGUUAUCGAGAGAAUAGAAAUAAAUGUAAGCAACAUCUCAGAACUGCUCGUCUCCAAUACGAGCAGGGUUUAGCGGACUCGGCCGCAGCUAAUCCCAAGAAGUUUUUUGCUUACGUUAAAAGACGCAGCGGGGCAAAAUUGUCUAUACCAGCUUUAUUGCGAGCAGACGGGACCCCUGCGCAAACUGACUAUGACAAGGCUUGUAUACUGAGUGAUCAGUAUACUGCGGUCUUUGCUCGGGAGACCUCUUUACCGCAGGUUGAAUUGGUUUCAAGAGUUCCAGAGGAUUCUUGCUUAGCUGAAUUUAGCAUAACGGAGACUCAGGUCUUCGAGCUACUGCAAGGCAUUAAUCCCUCUAAAGCUUCCGGUCCUGAUUCAAUUCAUCCGAAGCUGUUGCAUGAACUGGCCACUGAGCUGAGUGGUCCGCUCACGUGCGUAUUUUCAAUAUCGCUGGACAGCUGCAGCCUACCUUCGGAAUGGAAGGAGGCAAUCAUCUGUCCGAUUUUUAAGGGCGGUGACAGCGCUCUACCCGCGAACUACCGGCCUGUCAGUUUGACAAGCGUAGUAGUCAAGUUGUUCGAGAAGCUGAUAAGGGAUUCAGUGGAGAACCACCUGAAUCGAUUCAACCUUCUCAGUGUUGCACAACAUGGAUUCCGCAAAGGAUUUUCAUGUCAGACUAAUUUACUUGUAGCUCGUGAAAGCUGGGCCGAAGCGGUAGACAGUGGCCACGCUGUAGACGUGCUAUUCGUAGAUUUUUCGAAAGCUUUUGACACUGUUCCACAUCUUCGGCUCUCACUAAAGUUGAGAUCUUACGGGAUAUCUGGUCGCGCCCUUCAAUGGGUGUCUGCCUUCCUUGAGGGGAGGGAACAGUGCGUACGGGUGGGGCGUAGCCUUUCGCUCAGGCAAGCUGUCCUUAGUGGCGUUCCGCAGGGCUCGGUAUUGGGGCCAUUGUUGUUCGCGAUCUAUGUAAAUGACUUGCCGGGAGAGCUAGGGGUGUCAUCAUUAAUGUUUGCUGACGACCUUAAGCUCUGGAAUAUUGUGGAUAUCCCGGGGGGUCCUGAGGCAAUUCAGCGUGCCUUGGAUAGACUCUGGGAAUGGUCUAUCUUAUGGUUGAUGCCCAUAAAUAGGGCCAAGUGCUCUGUUCUCCGAAUCGGAGCUGCAAAUCCUCCCACCCGAUAUGUCCUCGGCGGUGGUGAACUCCCUGUUGUCACUCAGCAGGUUGAUUUAGGAGUCGUACACGCAUCAGCACUUCAUUCUGGAGACAACUGGAAGAAGGCUGCUUGUCGAGGGUUUCGUAUGAUGUGGUUUAUCCGCCGCUCUUUCGGAAUCUUAACGGCCAAGUUGUUUGUGAAGCUAUUUUCGGCAUUCGUCCGACCCCACCUGGAAUAUUGUAUUCAGGCUUGUCCACCAUGUCUUAACCGAGACAAAAUGGACUUGGAGAGGGUGUUACGAGUGGGCACUCGGUUAGUGCAGGGUCUACGGGGACAGACGUAUCCUGAACGCUUGCUCAGUUUGGGUAUGUACUCCAUGCACUACCGAAGGAUAAGAGGGGACCUGAUUCUCACUUAUCGUAUUUUGACGGGUAAGAUUGGCCCGGACUUGUCAGGGCUUUUUAGUCCCGCUACGUUACCUAGUCUCCGCGGUCACCCACUGAAACUGCAUAAACCACGGUCUGAUAGGAUUAGGACGGAAACUCGUCUAUCGCGCCGAGUUAUAGAUCGCUGGAAUUCUCUUCCAGAUCACGUGGUUAGGGAACCUACGGUUAAGGGUUUUGCGCGCCAGCUCGAUGCUCUUGGGUGGCAACAGCAAACCUUUCCUUUUUCCUAGCUGACUCACCUUCAUUUUUCAGUUCUUUUUUUAUUGACUCAAAUAUCUUGGUAUUCCACUUGCUUAGCUCUUACCACUUUCUCUUUUGCCUCCUGCGUUUACUUUUUUCUCUUUCUUACUUCACGUAACCGACCCAGCAGGGACUGCUAGGGCAGGAUACGUGGGCAUUAAUUGGUUGGACAGGGUGUGAUGCGGUCUUUGUUUUAGGUCCAUCAGUAUUUCAAAGUUCGCCAACUCCUGGUUCAACGACCCGCCGAAGAAGGAACACUCACGGGAUCUAUCCUAUCGUUCCAGUCCCGCUUGAACUUGAACCCGCUUGAAC